AGCAAGGUGCUGUAGUGCAUGGUCUGUGCUUCUUUGUCAUUGUCAUAUAUAAAUGCUGUUCUGUCAGACUAACGAAGACUGGUGGGCUUGAUACAAAUAACGGAGCAGUGACUCUAACCAUCACUGGAGUUAAGUUAACUUCACACAGGAUGCCUGGAUCAGCCCCAAUCAGCUGUAUGGGCCCAUGGCCCAAAGAUGUGGGUAUCAUUGCCAUGGAACUGUACUUCCCAUCUCAGUAUGUGGACCAAACUGAGCUGGAGAAGUUUGAUGGUGUCUCAGCUGGUAAAUACACUGUUGGCCUGGGCCAGGCUCGGAUGGGUUUCUGCUCAGACUGCGAGGACAUAAAUUCUUUGUGCCUGACGGUGGUUCAGAGACUGAUGGAGAGGAACGGUCUGUCCUACGACAGUGUGGGUCGACUGGAGGUUGGCACUGAGACCAUCAUUGACAAGUCCAAGUCUGUAAAGACAGUUAUCAUGCAGCUAUUUGAGGACUCCGGCAAUACAGAUGUGGAAGGCAUUGACACCACAAAUGCCUGCUAUGGCGGUACAGCUGCACUCUUCAAUGCUGUCAAUUGGGUGGAGUCGAGUUCAUGGGAUGGGCGUUAUGCUUUGGUGGUCGCAGGGGACAUUGCUGUCUAUGCUACGGGAAGUGCACGGCCUACGGGAGGUGCUGGUGCAGUAGCCAUGCUGGUUGGACCUAAUGCUCCUCUGGCCUUUGAACGAGGUCUGCGAGGGACCCACAUGCAGCAUGCUUAUGACUUCUACAAGCCAGAUCUGGAGUCCGAGUACCCUGUGGUGGAUGGCAAACUGUCCAUAGAGUGUUACCUGAGUGCCUUGGACCGCUGCUACUCAGUGUAUCGUAACAAGAUCCAGGCGCAGUGGCAAAGAGAGGACGUUGAGAAGCGUUUCACUCUGGAUGACUUUGGCUACCUCAUCUUCCAUUCUCCGUAUUGCAAGUUGGUACAGAAGUCGCUGGCUAGACUGAUGCUGAAUGACUUUCUGAGUCACCCAAGCCCCAACACUGAGACAGGACCCUUCACAGGCCUUGAUGCCUUCCGAGAUGUACGGCCAGAAGAGACUUACUUUGACCGUGAUGUGGAGAAGGCAUUCAUGAAGGCCAGUGCAGAUCUGUUUGAGAGGAAGACCAAGUCCUCCCUACUCAUCUCCAACCUGAACGGAAACAUGUACACACCCUCUGUCUACGGCUGCCUGGCCUCACUCAUUGCACAAAACACACCUUCACAGAUAGCAGGACAGAGGAUUGGAGUUUUCUCCUAUGGGUCGGGAUUUGCUGCUACUCUGUAUUCUCUCAGAGUCACACAGGACCAUACGCCUGGAUCUAGUCUGGACAAACUUGUGUCAAGCAUGAGUGACCUGAAGGUCCGACUGGACUCAAGGAAGAAGGUAUCUCCUUCUGUCUUCGCUGAAAACAUGAAGCUGAGAGAGGAGACGCACCACUUAGCUAACUACAUCCCUAGAGGCUCAGUGGAAGAUCUGUUCCCAGGAACUUGGUACCUGACACGAGUGGAUGACAAACACCGCAGGGAAUAUGCCCGAAGACCUCUGGACAGUCACCCACCAGCAGAGCCAGAAGUUGUUCGCUCCAGCACUGCCAUGGAGCACAUCCCCAGUCCAGCCAAGAAGAUGCCUCGCAUCCCAGCGGCCACUGCUGCGCAUGAGGCUGCCCUCAGCAACUGAAAGUACUCAGCUUACCUCUGCGAGGUAUCAAGGCAACUGUAAUAACUAUACAACAUGAGGGGAGAAGUCUAGGAGGAGACAACAGUGUUGCCUCUGAAAUCUUUAUAUGUCAGUUCAAUUAGGUUGAAGUGUUGUGGUUGGGUUAGGUUAAACGUGGACACCUGUAGACACUCCUCAACUACAUGUACCCUUUCCAUCGUCCCUCUCUUGUCCACAUGUAUUUCAGUUGGACACCAAAUUCUACAUUUGAUCACAUCUAUAUUGGUCAUAGUAAUUGCUCAAUGUAGCAGUCCUUUAUUUCAAAUUGAACACUUUCACAUAUUUCCCUUUUGCAUUUGUGCAAAUUUACAGUUGUGUAUGUGGAAAGUUUAACUGACAUUGAGUUAAACAAGUAGACAUACCCCCCCCCCCCUCCGGCAGCUGGCAGGCAGUGACAGGAACAGGAAAUAUAAUUUGGCUUUAUACCUCCUACUGAUUAAAAUAACAUAGGGAAGUGGCCCUGUGUAAUGUAUCAUAAUGUUGUGCCACUACAACUCAGUAUGAGACAGAACUCAUAACCUACUAUACUGUUUGUUUUCAAGACCUUAGCUUUCCAUGAAAAGAUGAGGUCAGUUUUCCUCUGUAGGUACAUCAUGUGACUGUUUCGAAUGAAUGCAGUCCUACUUUAAACUGUUGUUGCUGAGCUAAUGUAGUCAACAUAUUAACCUUAUGGCAAAUUCAUCCAUACAAAUGAUGUCAACUGUCUGGUACUUCGUGAUGAUCCUUGAACAGAAAAAAACUUCUGCUCUAGAGAUGACUGUUAAGUGAAGCUAUUUUGGAAUACACCAAUGUCAGUUUUU